AUGCAGGGCAGUGUGGCAGGGAGCUGGGCCUCCCGGGGCCUGCUGCUGCUCUGUCUUCUUCUCCCAGGCCUCUUUGCCCGGAGCAUCAAUGUAGUGGAGGAGAAAGUUCCCCAGAACUUGGGGUCCGGGUUGCCUCUGCUUGGACGGCCUUCCUUGAUGGGCCCCUCCACCUCGGAACACCCUCAGCCUGCGCCAGCCUUGAGGUCCAAUGAUUUAGCACGGGCUCCCCUGAAGCUCGAUGCUCCUCUGUUAGGCAGCUCCCAACCUGCGGGGCAUCCCGGGGUGCAGAGGUGGCCUCCUUGGGGGGCCGCCGCCGUGGAUUCCUGGCUCUCCGAGGAUCCCUGGCAGAUGGUGGCUGCUGCUGCUGAGGACGGUCCGGAAGCGCUGCCGGAAGGCCGGUCUUACCUCUCCAGUGCAGUUGCCCUGCCUCUGGGCAGCGGCCGGUUGCCUGAGUUCACUGCACGCGCCGCAGGCCCCUCAUCCGAGGCUGCACUCCUCCUGCAGGACUCAGAGUCUAGACGGCCGCCCCGUUCGCUAGGAGCCCAGGGAGAAAUCCUCCCCCAACGCCCGCCCUGGUCUCUCAUCCACAGGGUUCUGUCUGGUCACCCCUGGGGAACCCUGAGUCCCAGCGUGUCCUGGGGAGGUGGAGGUCCUGGGACUGGAUGGGGAACGAGGCCCAUGCCACACCCUGCGGGAAUGUGGGGUAGCAACACUCUGUUCCCUGGUACCGGCUGGGGGAGUAUUAAUCGCUAUCCCGGUGCUAGCUGGGGGAACGGUCAUCUACACCCAGGUGUCAGUAAUCAGCUUCCCUCCACAAUGCUCCGCCCUCCUGGCUCUUCUUGGAACGUCCCAGCGGGUUUCCCCAGUCCCCCAAGCCCUGGGCUGCAGUGGGGUUAG